AUGGCGAAGCCGCAUUAUAAUACACCUGCCGUAAGAUAAUUGAUGGCUGCUAUAAAUAGUCCCCAACUCAUAGCGCGCGACCUCGACCUCUCUCAACAGUCCGGUCCGCUCUGUCCAAGUUAUAGUGCUAUCAGUUUGAACACUUUAGAAUGAGUUACCACUCGAAAUUCGAUCUUAGAACUAAAGUUGUAGUGCGUCAAUCAACGGAAAGAAGCGAAUGGGAGGAAUUGGUUCGUCUCGCCAAUGCAGAAAACUGGAACGAAACAAUCUCCGACCACGAGGUCUAUUUCAAUUUUGACCCGAAAGGUAUCUUUGUCGCGCUAGUAGAUGGUAAACCUGUAGGCUUCACAGCAGCCAUAAACUGGAGCGACGAUUUCGCUGUUGGCGGGUUAUCCAUUGUAAACAAGCAAUACAGGGGACGAGGAAUAGGACAUGCUUUGUGGGAAGAACGACUGAAGCACGUCGGGGACAGGAACUUCAUGAUAUUUUCGGCGCCAAACAGAAUUGAGGCUAACAAACGGUUAGGUUUUACGGCCGAAAUCUGUCGAUUCCAAAUGAUGAGCGGAAAGGUCAACAAAGCAAAAUAUUUGUCGCGGACUGAAAAUGAUUACAACGUCAUCGUCCCAUACGAGGAGGGGCAUUUUGAUGGCGUCCUUGCCUAUGAUAACUUGAUCCAUUACAUCAAUCCCCGUGAUAGAUUUCUCAGGUUAUGGUUCGCUCAUAAGAACAAGUCGAGGGUCGCGGUCGCAAUGGCUGCUGACCAGGUGGUUGGUUACGGUUGUAUUUACCCGACUUACGAAGGUUACCGGAUUGGUCCACUGUAUGCCGACAGCGGUGAUAUCGCUGCUGGCCUGCUAAGGGAACUCUUAGACACCAUUCCCGAACCUCAACCGACAAUAACUAUGGCCGUUUUCAGCGACAGUGCGGGAUUCAAGCUUGCAAAAGAACUGAACUUGUCCUGUCAGACACCUUAUGAGACCGCAAUGUGUAGGAGGGAAAUUCAGUUUAGGACAGACAAAAUAUAUGCAGUUUUCGACACACAGCUGACUUUUGUGUAGGGCCAUGAUUCGGAGUGCUUAUAAGUAUUACCCCGUACACAGUAUACUGAGACGAUAAUGACGGUUUCUCCUUUUAACUGCAUGACAUACACAAAGCUGCACCCUCCAUGCAGACUGAGGUUUUUCUGUAAAAUGAGAAACCCCUAAAUGUUUUCGAGUUUCUUAAAAAAACCAAAGGGUCUUCACUUCGCUGAAAAACCUCCACCGUCGCAUAAUUGUGUUGGCCGAAUAAUACAAUAAAGGAUUUUCAAAAGCUCAGCUUAAAAACCCUUGUUUCUAAAAGUGUGGGGAUAGCCUUGUGGAUCCUAGAGGCCACUUCUCGAAUAUAGUUCUAUUCUCGUUCCUUCUUUAAGAUCCACUAAAAGAAGAUUAUCAUCCUCGUCAUACGACAUUAAGUAGCAAUUGUGUUUUGAUUUCCUGAGAAGUUCUGGUUGAUAUUUAGCGUAGUACAACUUGCCACACAGAGGAACCUUGGCAAUAUAAUACUGUCUCUUUCCAUAGGCUCGGACAAGCAUCAGAAACGUAUCAGCAGGGGCAGGGCAUACUUUCAGAGAUGGCUUCUGGUAAAACAAAUGCGAACUAUAGCCAAACAAUGGCUGCUGGUUCCUGUACCUGUUAGCGGCAGUCCGUCCGCUUACCUUAGAACGUCCCUCCUCCCAUCUCAAAAAGGAAUUUUUCAGCCAAAGAACAUCACUGAUUUGAUGAACUUCAGAGACUCGGAGCGGAAUCAAUUUUGGUAAUAAUAGGACUUCAAUUAUUUUCCUACUUCGGCGUACCUUUCCAAUGAAGAUGGCCAAGGAGGCCUGGUUGCUGCCCCAUUGUGCCAUCAGUAACGCGGUUCUACCGCGGACUGCCAAGUCCCGAAUCCAAAAAUCGACUUUCUGCUUAGUUCUUACAUUUGCAAGAAACGUCCCUUCGAUACUGUACUCCUUCCAAGAUCUACCAAAUUGAAGCAACAUGUUUCUUUCAUCGCUAACAUGUACGUUUCCUACGUUAACUUUGAGUUGAAAUAAUGGUUUUAAAACAUACUGCAGCUUUCCAUUCGCCUCCCCUCUUAUGUGAAGAAAGGUAAGUUUUGUUUUGACAAAUUGGUCAGCCGUUACUACAAUACCAGCUCCUUCAUGAUGCCUAUCAUUACCAUAAUCAAGAUCAAAGUCGGGAUUGUUAGUUUUAUCGAAUUCUCGCUUAAAAACUAUAAGAAAGACACCAAGAUGGUAGUAGCAUAUUGCAACGCUAGCAAACUUGUUUAGAAAAAUCUCUUUCUGGAACUUAAAAUGAUUGAAUUUGCCUUCAAGAGAAAAGCAAAACGAAGUUCAUUAUCAAUAUAGCGCGUCUUUUAAAACAGAUACAUGAUGCAAUGCAUGAUCUGCGAAUGUGGUUUACGUGUGCAGUAUACGAUGGUGCUUUAACUGAUCUUCAAACGAUAUUAUCGUCAUCUUACGGCGUUUUUUUAUAGAUUUUUUUGACCUCGCAUAAAUUGCUUGUUUAAAGAUACAUGUGCUUCAGCGAGAGGUAUUCACCAGUUACCGAUCGCCUUAGCGCACUUUGGAACAUCCUGCUGAAUCCUGUGCGUUUGCGUUUACCACUAUCUGGUGAGUGACUGAGCGAUCUCAAAGCGGCCUUAGAAUGUGGGUGACUCAGCCACCCGUGGGGCCUAAUGGUAUUAGGCUACCUUAGAAUAUCAAACGAUAUACCUGAAUGCGCAUGUCGCUACUUGGAAUGAACAACAGAUUUCCAUAUUCGUCCACUGCAUGGACAAAUCUUGGGUGAGGUAGAUCAACUAUCUUCUCCAUUGUAAAUGGAUGAUAUGGUAGGGGACCACAUAGAGGUAUCCGUACUAACCCGACACCGGAAUGCCGGGGACGGAGCUCUAUUUCAAUAAUCUCAUGGUCGACAUUCUCUAGCAUGUUCAUAUCCCUAAAGAGCAGGAGCCCUUUUCUUUCUGCUCCACUUAGCGUCAGAAACUUCUUAAGGAAAUUGCUUUCUCUUGUUAUGAUAUAAGAGUAAUAAAAAGGUUUUUUUCGUCGGUAAUAAGGCAAUACAAGGAUGCCUCGGCUAAGCCAAAUUAUCCUCAGGUAAUGUUUUUUCUUUCUGUAAAGUAAUACCCUUUGCCAUUU